UCUCUGCCUCUCCCUCUGCAGGUGUGCUUCAUCGGCCGAAGCAAUGUGGGGAAAUCGUCUUUAAUCCGGGCCUUGUUUUCACUGUCUCCAGAGGUGGAGGUCAGAGUGUCAAAAACUCCGGGCCACACCAAGAAGAUGAAUUUCUUCAAAGUAGGGAAGUACUUCACUCUGGUGGAUAUGCCAGGGUAUGGCUACCGUGCCCCGCAAGACUUCGUGGAGAUGGUGGAGGCCUAUCUUCAGGAACGGCGCAACUUGAAGAGGACUUUUCUAUUAGUUGAUGGUGUAGUUGGACUCCAGAAAGCAGAUCACACUGCAGUAGAGAUGCUGGAAGAGUUUGGGAUUCCUUAUGUGAUGGUGUUAACAAAAAUUGACCGAGCUUCCAGGGGACUCUUGUUAAAGAACGUACUGGGGAUCCAGGAGUUUAUAAAGGAGAACACUCAGGGAUGCUUUCCUCAGCUGUUCCUGGUCAGUUCUGUGGAGUUUUCAGGGGUUCACUUGCUAAGGUGUUUUGUCGCCCACGUUACUGGAAACCUGCCUGCUGUAGAGACCAGCUGAAAAGACUGACUCCUAAUCUGUUCAGCUCAUCUGGAACAGAAGG